AGCUGUGAAUUCUUGUAGAAGAUUGAUAGCUCUGCCAACAUUUGUCCACAAUAGAAGAUGGGUGGAUUAAUUUCAAGAUGGAGGCAGGCAAAGCCUUCCACUGUAGAAGUAUUAGAAAAGAUUGAUAAGGAAAUACAAACAUUAGAAGAAUUUAGAGAAAAAAAUCAGAGGCUACAGAAACUAUGGGUUGGAAGGCUGCUUCUCUACUCUUCACUUCUUUACCUUAUCACCUGCUUAAUUGUGUAUUUAUGGUGUCUUCCUGAUGAAUGGACAGCAAGGUUGAUUAUGACACUUCCAUUUUUUGCAUUUCCAUUGAUAAUCUGGUUUAUAAGAACACUGCUCAUUUUUUUCUUUUCCAAACGGACAGAAAGGAAUAAUGAUGCACUGGAAGAUUUAAAAUCUCAAAAGAAAAAAAUACUUGAGGAAGUAAUGGAGAAGGAAACAUACAAGACUGCUAAAUUAAUCCUUGAAAGGUUUGAUCCAGAAUCAAGUGCAAAGGAGGCUGAACUACCAUCUGCUGGAACAUCUGCAAGCCCAAGACCUGGACAAGAAAUUCGUCAGAGGACCACAGCUCAAAGAAAUGCUUCUACGCCCCCACCUGCAACUCCUAAACAAGGGUCUCCAAAGUCACUUGUUCCAGCACCUCCUAAUCUGCAGAGAGACACAUCAUCUCUAAGUGGACCCCCAGAAAGGACUGUUGUGCCAUCCUUGCAGUCAAAUGUUUUAGGAAGACGCCCUGGAUCCCCUGCUACUUCAGUGCCUGGAAUGGGUCUUCAUCCUCCAGGCCCUCCUUUAGCAAGACCCAUUCUUCCUCGAGAGAGAGGAGUUGUGGAUAGAGUUAUUGAAUAUUUGGUUGGUGAUGGUCCUCAGAACAGGUACGCCCUUAUAUGUCAGCAAUGUUUUUCACACAAUGGUAUGGCUUUGAAGGAGGAGUUUGAAUACAUAGCAUUUAGGUGUGCCUACUGCUUUUUCCUGAAUCCUGCAAGAAAAACUAGACCUCAGGCUCCACGACUUCCAGAGUUCAGUUUUGAAAAAAAGCAAUCUACAGAAUUGCGAUCUGAAACUGCGCCUCUAGAACCUAGAGAGAGAAAGCCCCGGGAGACUCAACAAACGGAAGGCUCUGAAGAAGACUCGGCCCAGAUCGUUGAGACAAAUGAGACAGAUGAUAAAGCACCAAGUCCUGCGCAGCUAAAUGAUAAGCUAGCUGAAGAAGUUGAAAAAGAAGAAGCAGAAAACAUUUCAACAACUGAAGACUCUAUUUCAGAGUCUAUUUCAGCUGAACAAAGUGAAGAAUCUUUAAUGAAAGCAGAAUAAAGUACUUCAAGUGCCUUCUGUAGCUAGUUUUUAGCUUUGUUCAUGCCUGUUGUAACUAUUCAGGUGAGCUUUUUUUUAAUGGUACAACUUAAAAAUCUCGCUUGUGCUUAAACUGCCUCAACUGCCACAGUAUGUCAAAGCUAUGUAUAAAAGUGGGUAUUGUAAAUUAAGCAUGUGUCGUUAAAUAAGUUAACACACGGAAUGUAUAGUUGGUUGAAGUCUAACAGUCGUAGCCAUCAUUCAGUUUGCGUAUCUAAAAACUUAAAAGUAUAAGCUUUGCUAAGGGUGACCUAUAAUUUGACAUCUCUUUAGCUGUCACACAUAGAGAGAAAUUACUG